GCCUUACGGUAUUAUGUUACCUGCAUUAAUAAUAACUAAUCACACACAUCACAAUUGCAGUCUUAGAUUAGAUUGGAUCUAUAGGAUUCUGGACUAUAUGAUGCUUUAGAUGAAUUUUUCUAUUGAUACUGCAAAGAGUUUGAUAUCUCAUUUGUUGAUGUUUUCACAUACUUCCUGUGUAUGUUUUGUGGUUGCAGUUAGCUUAUCACAGGCUUCUCCAGUGUUAGUUUAUGCAGUAGUUUACUGUUUGUUUCACUGCAGACAGUUUGUGACAUGAGCCAAUACAAAAUGUGUUCACACCAAUGCUCAUUCUAAAAUCAGUUAUCGUAUGCCUAAUGAGCUGUUCCGUCUAUAAACUGUUUUAUGCCUUAUAGCCGUGUUUCUAUCUCCCUCUCUACCCAUGUUGUGUACUUAAUGUACCCUGUCUAGUCUUUGUUACAUACGCCUUCCUUUAAUUCACCAUGGAUGUUUUUAUCAACAUUUCUACCAUCGGCAAUCAUUUCUGUCCAUUUUUCAGUUCAAAUUGAUUGAGGUUUUCCCUUAAAAUGGAGGUCACUGACUAUAAUUGACUAUGGAUGAGGGAAGCUUAGCCUUGGCCUUCUGCCUUCAUCGAGCAUGCGCCUUACCUUCUCCGGUGACGAUGGUUGUUCAGAGGAAUUGGCUCUGUUGAACGAAGGCCUAGAAGUUUCAGAACUUGUGAUUGAAGAAAUAUCAGCUGAUAAUUCUGGACGUUCUUUCCUUAUCAGGAUUUCAGAAUCUAAAAGAUUGUACUACUGGUGCGCUGAAAAGUCGAAGGAAUGUGGAAUGGAGCUUCUUGCAAAGAUGAAAAAUCUACUUCAGGGCAGGCCAACCCUCUCUGAUCUCACAGGCAUCUCCAAUUCCCGACUUGAUGCUUUUGUUACUAAUUUACAUGCUUAUCUUCUUGCACCAAGUAUUGGAGAUGCUAAAUUGUUGGGAUCAUCUACUGACUUCCUCAGUAAUUCAAGUUCACAAGGGCAACAUUUACAGCCCCCAUCAGUCGUUUCCAGGUCUUCAAGGUCUCGCACCUCUGCCGCUAAUGCAACAAAAGCAAGCUUGAUCUAUCAAGCCAGUCUGAGUCCCAGAUCCAGCACUUUUAAAGAUGGGGUUCCAAGGACCUCUUGUGCAAAGGUUGUUGGAAGAGAGAAGCUGAAGCGGCGUGGGGACUGGUUGGGCCCAUCAACUGCUCUAAUCGAUGCAAAUCCUUUGAUAGCAAAGAGUGUUAACCCUGAUUCAACCAGUGAGGUGUCUGAUAGGGACUGUUCAAAAAACAGUGUCACUCCCGCUUCUUCAUUAGACUUGCCUCUUUCAUUUCCCUUGCUGCCACCUCUUUAUCCACUCCCAGAGGGUUCUUCAGAGAAUCCAUUUAAGCCUUACUAUUGCUGGUGUCCGCCAUGCCCAUCGUCACUGCAGUACAGUGUAACCCCUCUGCAUAUGCCAGUUACAUCUGUAGAACCAUUUCCCCAGUCACCUUUGGGCUCACUGGUAUCAAAUGAAGUAUCAUCUGUCUCGUCAUUUUCUGCAAAGUUGGAUACAACUAAUUCACCUUCACUUAAUCUUCCAUCGAUACUGCACGAUCCUUCACUUCACCUCCAGCUUCCUACUUCAAUUGUUCCCCUGCAUGGUUCUAUGGUUUCAACAUAUCCGUUACUUCAUCUGCCGUUUCCCACUUCACCUCUUGUUCCUGUACAUGGUUCGCAGGUUCCAACAUUUCCGUUGCUUCACCUGCCACUUCCUACUUCACCAUUUGUUUCAUUGCAUAGCUCACAGGUUCCAACAUUUACACCAUUGAUGUCUGAUCCUAUUGUGCAUGUCCCAGUCAUUGAUAUGUGUUCCUCCGGUCAGGCUUAUUUGGUGAGUUGUGGUCCUUCUAUAACUUCACCUGUUCCCCUGCUCCCUAGCUUGAAGCCUCUGAUUCCAGAAACCGAAUCGUUGGUUGAGAGGAGUGCUAGGGAAACACUAAUGAGACUUUUAGCUUCGACACCACCAUCAAGCAACCCCCAGCUGGUCAACAUUCUCCCUGCAGUCCUUACUGAUGUGCCUGAAAAUAUUUCUCGAUCUCCUAAUGUGAACAUGCAUGUUGGUGUCCAUCGCAACGACCUACUUCUUAGCUCAUCUUGGGGUGCUAAUGUGAUUGGAAGUGGGAUGGCAGCCAUGGAGCUGCACUCAGAGGAUGAGGUUUCCAGUGGGCAUGAUGCUCAUGCAAUGGUUGCGUUUACGGAAUUUGAUGAUAUCAACGGAGACCGUGAUCAGCCCCAUUUUCGGAGGAUGUAGUUUGCACAUGGGGUUUUCUUGAGCUCUUUGUUGGUAUGAAAUGUCUGAAUAUUUUGAACGGCACUUGUAUCUACAUGGUAAUGGGCUAUGUGGUUUUGGCAAUACGAUGAUAUAUGCAGCCUGGUUCACAUGGCUUCCCUGCCCAGCUAAACGGCUGAUGUGGUUGUUAAAUGUAAUUAGUUGUUUGUACUGUAUUUUAAUUUGGCAAACAAAGGGUAUUUGCUCGUGUGCAA